GGCUGGGGUAGUACAGGACACAGCCUGAGUUCAUAUAAUCCUAAACCUCGAUGUUCAUUGGGUUCUAUCUUCCUGGGGCCAGCCCCUACUUCAGGCCAAAUCCAUUUUAUGAAAACUUGAAGAUAAAGGAGAAAGAGGUCAUGUCAUUACUGCACAACUUAGACACAAAGAACAUUGAACAUCGUGAGAAAUUUCAGGAGCUCAAGAAGGAGAUUAACUUCUAUCGCAACCUGCACAGCCGGCUCCUGAUGGACCAGGCAUGUAUGAAGAAGAAGUUGGUCACAUUGAAGCAGGAGAGCAAGGAGUUACCGCGAUACUUGCCACCCCAUGAUUCUAUGUGA